UGGUUCCAUAAACUAAUGACCAACCGUUUCAAUAAACCAUCUGACAGGAUUUCUUCUCUGUUUGUUUUGCAGGAUGACGAAAACGGCAGUCGAGGGAGACAGAAGAACCGCCUGGAGCCAAUGGACACCAUUUUCGUCAAGCAGGUGAAGGAGGGAGGCCCCGCCCACGGAGCUGGACUCUGCACAGGGGAUCGGCUUGUGAAAGUGAACGGAGAAAGCAUCAUCGGGAAAACUUACUCCCAGGUCAUAGCCCUGAUCCAGAACAGCGAUGCCUCGUUGGAGCUCUGUGUGAUGCCAAAAGAUGAAGACAUUUUGCAACUGUUUUCCAGGGAUAUCACUGCUCUGGCCUAUUCACAGGAUGCAUACCUCAAAGGAAAUGAGGCGUACAGCGGAAAUGCCCAGAACAUCCCGGAACCGCCUCCCAUAUGCUAUCCUCGGAUCGAGCUGAAGGCGGCGGCCAUGGCGCAGCCGUCCGACCCGGGACCCGCCAGACGACCGGCACCCACGGACAUCAGCAGCCGGCCCGAGGUCCCGUCCGUCAGCAACGACGGCACCAGGACUCCAGCCGAUCUGGUGGACCGGGGGUCCUGGCUGGUUCGGGCCGGACCCAGCCACCGAACUGAGGAGAACCGGUACCGCUCCCCAGCAGACCGACCCAGGCCCCUCACCACAGGAUGUCUGCCAUAUCCAGAGACGUUCUCGCCGUUGGUGCGAGCGCCGCUUGCCGCCACGUCGACAGACACGUUCUCCACCACCACCUCCCCUACCGCCAACCACUGCUCCCCGUCGCCGCCGGCGCCGACCACCUCACCCCACCAAAACAUCGACUGGCGGACCUACACCACCUACAAGGACUACAUCAACGCCAAGCGGCUGCACACGUACGGCUGCCGCACCAUCCAGGAACGCCUGGACAGCCUGCGAGCUGCUGCCAACUCCGCCUACGCCCCGAAGGCCGCCACCACCUCCCAGGUCCGACGGAGGAGCGCCUCCAACGAGCGCGGGGCGGACUCGACCGCACCGCUACCGCUCCGCAGCGCCUCCCAGGAGCGGCUGGGUGGCCAGCCAGACAGGACGUCCCGCCACUGGCCUCGGAGCGCCUCUCAGGACGCUCUGCCGUUCUCCGGCGACGCCCGGGUCGCCAAACCCCGAGCCAGGUCCUGCGACCACAUCAGCCACAAAAUGGAGGACAAACAGGAAACAAGCAGGCGGAGUUUAGCUCCUCCAAAGUCGGAGCAGCGGCUGUCGAACUCGCCUGAUGUUACGAAAGGUACAACAGAUUCUGCACUAGCGGUCAGAGCGGACGGCCUCAUAAUGAGGCCUUCGCGCCUGCCCGUCAAAAACUCCCUCUGCGACCUUUCCCCCACCUCGUCCGCCAUUAAAACCACAGAGCCUCUCCGAGACCAAAGAGCCAACGCCAUGGGGAACCACCUGGGCUUCUCCCCUCUGAACCUGCAGCUCCGUGGCCGAGCCGACAGCCUGAAGACGGAGAACCGGUCCGAAUUAGGAUUAGCUGCCCGGUCGUCAUCCUGCUCCGGCGCCGCCUCCAGGCUGCCCACACUCAGGCCGAUGAAGAGCGAAGUCCUCACGAUAUCCUCAACCGCCACUGUCGCCCAAAAACCUGUCGUCAAGGAGACGCCAGAGCGGACUAACGGCGGUCUCUCAGAGGGCGUCGAAGGACCCGAUGCCACGGUCGUCGUCCUACGAAGGGACAAGACCGCUGGAGGCGCCCGCGCUCGGCCUCCGUCCUACGUCGACAGGCAGCGAGAAGUGAAGUCGCCACCGCUGGUGAAGGCGGGAUCAGCGGAUGCGGCGAUGUGCUGGGCGUCCAACGAGACGCUGCUCAGGAGGCUGGGAGACACCAGGCACAAAUCCGGUUCCAGCAACCUGAACGACUCGCUGGACUCCAUCCCCUUCAUAGACGAACCGUCCAGCCCGAGCAUCGACCAGGACAGCACGCACAUUCCCGCGUCCGGGGUGAUCUCAACUCCCCUCAUCACCACCAUCCCACCCAGCCCCACAUCUUCCUCUCCUCUCAUACGACGCCACCAGUCACACGAUCAAGAUUCUCUUCAUCUCUCAGUUAUCGGGUCAGACUCUGGUACCAAAUCUGAGCGGUCCAAAUCGUACGAUGAAGGGAUCGAUAACUACCAUGAGGAGAGCAGAGGGAGGUCUCUGCUUCCUGGACUGAAAGGUUUGAGGAAGGCUGUAGACAGGUCAUCAGAAGAUUCUGGGUCCAGACGAGAUUCCUCAUCAGACGUCUUCUGCGACGCCACCAAGGAGGGUUUGCUACAUCUGAAGCAGCUUCAUGCAGAUAAGGGAAAGCGAGUCGGAGGAGGAAACCGGCAGUGGAAACAGAUGUACGCCGUGUUGAGAGGCCACUACCUCUGCCUGUACAGAGACAAGAAGGAGGGCCAGGCUCACGCCAGCUGCCAGACCAUAGAGGAGCCGCUGCAGAUUAGCAUCAAGGCCUGCCUGAUCGACAUCUCCUACAGCGACACGAAGCGCAAAAACGUCCUGAGGCUGACCACGUCAGACUGCGAGUACCUGUUCCAGGCGGAGGACCGGGAGGACAUGCUGGCCUGGAUCCGAGUCAUACAGGAGAGCAGCAACCUGGAUGAGGAGAAUGCAGCUUUCACCAGCCACGACCUCAUCAGUCGGAGGAUCAAGGAGUACAACACCUUGAUGAGCCCGACAGGCAGUAAGACCGAGCCGUCGCCCAGGGCGUCGCGCCAGUCGCUCAGCAUCAGACAGACGCUUCUGGGAGGCAAAGGAGAGACCAAAGCAACGAGUCCGCACUCACCCAAACCAGAGCAGGAGAGGAAGGGCAUCCACAAAGACGACACCAGCCCUCCCAAAGACAAGGGGACAUGGAGGAAAGGCAUCCCUGGGCUGAUGAGGAAACCGUUUGAGAAGAAGCCGUCUCCUGGAGUCACAUUUGGAGUCAGACUGGAUGACUGUCCCCCAGCUCAGACCAACAAGUUUGUGCCUCUGAUCGUGGAUGUUUGCUGUAAGCUGGUGGAGGAGAGAGGCCUGGAGUACACGGGCAUCUACAGGGUCCCCGGGAAUAAUGCUGCCAUCUCCAACAUGCAGGAGGAGCUCAAUAACAAGGGCAUGGGCGACAUCGAUAUCCAGGAUGACAAAUGGAGGGACCUCAAUGUGAUCAGCAGCUUACUGAAGUCCUUCUUUCGAAAGCUUCCUGAGCCGCUGUUCACCAACGACAGGUACGCAGAUUUUAUAGAAGCCAACAGGAUAGAAGAUCCAGUGGAGAGGCUGAAGGUGCUCAAGAGGCUGCUCCAUGAGCUUCCGGAUCAUCACUACGAGACGCUGAAGUUCCUCUCAGCUCAUCUGAAAACUGUAGCUGAGAACUCAGAGAAAAACAAGAUGGAGCCGAGGAACCUGGCCAUCGUGUUCGGCCCCACGCUGGUGCGCACCACUGACGACAACAUGACCCACAUGGUGACCCACAUGCCCGACCAGUACAAGAUAGUGGAGACGCUCAUUCAGAACUACGACUGGUUUUUCACUGACGAUGGGAACGGAGAACCAGUGACUGUUUCCCACGAAGAGAGCGCCAUCGAGUCUCAGCCCGUCCCCAACAUCGACCACCUGCUCACCAACAUCGGCCGCACCGGCACGUCGCAGGGCGACGUAUCAGAUUCACCAACUAGUGACUCAGCUAAAUCAAAGGGUUCCUGGGGUUCUGGGAAGGACCAGUGCAGCCGAGACCUCCUGGUCUCCUCCAUCUUUGCUGCCGCCAGCCGCAAAAGGGGGAGGUCAAGGGAGAAGCGGCAGCCUAGCAGCUCUGACGACGAUCUGGAUGCGGUCUUCUCCAGAAAGGAGGUUCCUUCCGGGCAAAAGCCGAACCACCACGCGCUGCAGGGCGACAAACCGAGAGCCGAGGAGAGGAAGGAGAACGGCAGAACCAUCCACAGAAACUCGUUAUUCCUGAAAGAGAAGACUCCACCCCGGCGGGCCUCGCCGUCGCCAAUCAUCGGCGACCAAACGGCAGUGCAGAGGAAGAUUUCCCUGUCGGAUACACUGUCCCAGCUGGAGGAAAACACCUCUGACCUCGGCACCAUGAGCUCGGGGGCGUCCGUCCCCAGAUCAAGGCCCAAAAAGUGGACCGGUGGAGCCUUCCUGGACCUGCCGGCAUCGGCCGGAGCCGAGGUGAGCUCCAUCACCUCCGACUACUCCACUACCUCCUCCAUCACCUUCCUGACUGGCGCCGAGUCCGGCGUGCUGAGUCCGGAGCUGCAGGGCGGGGAGGAGGCCGACGACGAGCGUAGUGAGCUCAUCAGCGAGGGCCGACCCAUGGAGACGGACAGCGAAGGCGAGUUCCCGGUGUUCGCGCCGGGAGGCGGCAGUGGCCAGUCCACGCCUCGCCCCAUGCAGAGUCAGGAGAAACCCAACGCCGGCACGCAGAAACAGGAAGCACGCCGCCUUUUCCCCACGCAGCGCAUGAUCGAGUGCGACACUCUGUCCAGACGGUGGUCGCUGCGCCAUAAAACCGACAGCGACUCGUCGGCGGAGGGCGCGGCGGGGACGGAGGGGAGAGCCGAGUCGUCCAGCCGCUUGUCUCGAGUCUUGGAGGUGAUGAAGAAAGGCCGGUCGUCGAGCAGCAUCAGCUCGUCUUCACGCAGCGAGUCGGAGCGGGCCGAACCGGCCUGGCACCUGAAAAUCACAGAGCGGCUGAGGUUCAGGAUCCGAUCGUCCGCCGAUGACAUGUUCACCACGAAGAGCCAGACGCCCGACGCUCGGAGCAAGAAGAAGAACAUCCGGCGGAGGCACACCAUGGGCGGGCAGAGAGACUUCGCGGACCUGGCGGUCAUUAACGACUGGCGGGAGCAGGGCGGCGUCGACCAGACGGCCGACCUCUCGGCGCUGGACCGUCUCAAACCCAGGUGCUCCUCUCAGGACCUUUCCUUCCGGGACUGGAUUACUCACGAGCGGCUCCGCGGAUCCGAACCGAGUGCGGACGUAGCGCCCAAAGCCGAGCCGGAGGACGAUCAUCCCGAAGCUCUGGAAAAACCUCCGCUGGCGACUGCGGAACAGGUUAACGGCGGCGGGAUACGGGACACAAAUAAAACAGCGCCGACAUCAGACGCUCACCCGCAUAAACUGUCCGGAGCGCAAGUGACCCGAUCACGGUUUUACCAAUACCUGUAGACGGACAGACCCGACCAGAGUGUGUGUUCAGGCGUAAAUGUGUGUAUUUUAGCACAAUAUUUUUAUACUAAAAUAUACUUUCUGUAUCUAAUGUACAUACUGUGUAUAAGCUCUGAUGAUUGUUACUAAACUAAUAAAGAUGAUGAAGUUCUCUGCCAUACUGGAACCGAGA